AUGCCCUCUCUUCAUGACUUCACGGACAUUGCCAACACCACUACCACCAAUACUGUGCCUGUGGAGACGAAUACUCCCCUUACACCAAAGGAUAUUGGCAGUAUCGUCGGCGGAGUAGUCAUCUUUCUCGCGGCCAUCAGCCUCGUGCACAUCCUCGCAUACUCCCGCCUCCGCGCCAGGGUGCUCGACCUCGCGGGGACCGUCCACGCGCAUCUCGACGCGUGCGCACGUCACUUCGCGCUCCCCCGCGGGGAGGGGCGCGGGGACACGCGCGCCAUUGGUAGUACCACUACCAAGUUUCGUGUCCCCCCGGCCAAAGCUGCGUCCGAUCUCAAGGAUACACUCAUCUCACCUGGAGAAGUCUCGCCCUUGACGGGUCUCGGCUGA